CGUACGCACCAAAUAGAGGCCACUGUCAAGAAAAUAACAUGGAUUUUAGUAAUUAAAUUUAGUUCGAGGAGAAAGCAACAUCCGUUCAAUCAGGAUUUUAUCGCGUAAACCAUGGUUUAGCCUUAAAGAUCUUUGUCGCGAUACCCAUGGCAUCAAAUGUGCCGUACAGCAAGCAAAACGAACUGGUGAACUCGAGUUCAGAGGACUUGGACAACGAAGAAGAUGCCGAUAUAGCGCUACGAACGAAAAAAAUCAAGAAGGGGCGAAUUCCAAGACCGAUUGAGCCGAAUGUCCAGGUGCAAAAUGAUCAAGAUUAUACCGGAAAGAGCGGAGAAGUAAGUGAAGACAAGGAUCUAGGGUAUGGAGAUAUAUGGUCAGCAAAUAAGUUCCAAGCCUCCUCAGGUUCAUUUGGAGCAAGUUCUGAAAGAAGGAAAACUGCAAGUGUUGGUGCAAGCUCACUUGAAUUUGAUUCUCAAGAAGAUGUCAGUAAUUUCAAGAAAGAAACACUUUUUUGGUUGAGACAUCCCAGAAUUAAAGAAAAUUGGAAAACUGUCACAGCUGCCUUUUUGCUGUUUGUGGCUGGAAUUGCCUUUCUAUUAGCUGGAAUAAUCCUUGCUGUUACAAGAGAGGAUGGAAUGAAGAGUGUGAUAUUUUUUGUGUGCGCUGCUAUCUGCAUUCUCCCUGGAGGAUAUCACAUAAUUUACAUUUACAGAGCUACAAAAGGACAAAGAGGAUAUAACUUUGAGAGUAUACCUUCAUUUCAGUGACAUAGAAAUAUUACUUUAAUUAAUUUAAUGGUUUUAUAGCUGACAGUGAUGUUACAAAAUACUGGAUGAUGGUUGUUAUUGGUGAUGAGAAUAAUGUAAUCCCAGGAUUGAUUUGGUUCUGAACCCCUGUUUUAGAAAAGUUUUUGAGUUCCAUUGCUCUAAAACUAAUGAAAUGAAAAUAUUGUGAUAUUUAUUGAAGUCUGAAACUUUUAUCAAAUCCCAUGUCAGUUAUCAUUAAGUUUUUUGGAUAUGUAUUUUUUUUGUGAUAAUUGGUUAGAAUCUGCCAUUAUGACUUAAAUGAAUUGAACUGCCUGACUUUAGAAAAUCUUCACAACCUUUCCUUUCACCUGCCAGCAGGGAAUGCAGAUAAAGACACUGUGGGGCUUUAGCAUGGCUUCACAAGCUUUUCCCUUUUUCAUUUGGUUUAACCACAGGCGUCCCAAGCUCACAUCUCGAGCAAGAACGAAGGAUUAUUUCAU